AUGUCGUCCUUCGGCAAGCUCUUCAGGGUGCACACGUACGGCGAGAGCCACUGCAAGUCGGUCGGCUGCAUCGUCGACGGCGUGCCCCCGGACUCACCCUUACCGAGGAGGACAUUCAGGUCCAGCUCUCCCGCAGGAGGCCUGCGCUCCGAGUUCGACACUGUCCGCGUCCAGUCGGGUACUGAGCACGGUGUCACCCUCGGCACCCCGAUUGGCAUGGUUGUCCAGAACAAGGACCAGCGUCCCCACGACUACACCGAGACCGACCUCUACCCCCGUCCCUCGCACGCCGACUACACCUACCUCGCCAAGUACGGCGUCAAGGCCUCGUCGGGUGGUGGCCGCGCCUCGGCCCGUGAGACCAUUGGCCGUGUCGCCGCCGGUGCCAUUGCUGAAAAGUACCUCAAGGAGGCUUACGGUGUCGAGAUUGUCGCGUUUGUCGGCUCGGUUGGCCCUGUCGCCCUCCCCUUCACCCAGGAGGAGGACGAGGUCCUCGGCAAGGAGUACCUUGACCUGGUCAAGAACGUGACCCGCGAGGAGGUCGACAAGGAGAUCACCCGUUGCCCCCACCCCGAGACUUCGAAGAAGAUGGAGCAGACUAUCCGCGACGCCAAGGCCCGCAACGACUCGCUCGGCGGUACCGUCACCUGCGUGAUCCGCAACUGCCCCCUGGGUCUCGGCGAGCCUUGCUUUGACAAGCUCGAGGCUGUCCUCGCCCACGCCAUGCUCUCGAUCCCUUCCACCAAGGGCUUUGAGGUCGGCUCGGGCUUCCGCGGCACCACCUUCCCCGGCUCCAAGCACAACGACCCCUUCGUCGCCGACCCCGAGAACGGCGACAACCGCCUGCGUACCACUACCAACUGGUCGGGCGGUAUCCAGGGCGGCAUCACCAACGGCGAGGACAUCUACUUCCGCGUUGCCUUCAAGCCCCCCGCGACUAUCAGCCAGGAGCAGCAGACCGCCACGUACGACGGCAAGGCCGGCACCCUCGCCACCCGCGGUCGCCAUGACCCCUGCGUCGUCCCGCGCGCCGUCCCCAUCGUCGAGACCAUGGCCGCCAUCGUCAUCAUGGACCAGCUCCUCCAGCAGAACGCCCGCUCGGCCGCCGCCGCCCUGCUGCCCCCCGUCACCUCGCUGCCCCCGACCAUGGUCUUCCCCGGCCAGCGCAAGUAA